ACGGAUCAGCGGCGUUUCCCCGACAUGAGGCCCGGACUCGCUUCCCUCGUGUGUUUCCUCGCCUUCGUGCGGCUGUCGGACUGCGCGCCGCCGACCUGCUACUCCAGAGCGCUCGGCCUGAGCGCAGAAAUCAUGUCCCUGCUGGAUAAAAUACACACGUACCACCGCACGAAGACUUGCGCUGACAUUCUACCCACGAUCUUCCUUGAUGUGCAUAACUCGUGCGUCACAACCAAGCUGCGUGACAUCCUGUACGUGGUCCUGAACCAUCCCAACCAGUACUGCAGAGAGCGUCCCAGAAUGCUGCUGCUGAAACGUAAAAUGCAGAACCUCUACACCAUCAUCAACAAAAUCUGUUAUCGGGACCUGGUGUUUUUCACAGAUGACUGUGAGGCCAUUGACACCGGACAUGCCAGGCCCCACUAUGCAGAAGACCGGCUUCAGCUCCUGCAGGAGGAGAGAUGAGCAGCACACACUGCAGAUGACGGGCCUACGUCGCCCUGUUACAUUCAACAACACCGUGAUUUGUUAGAAUGGUCACGCAUGUACACAACACAGCCCGCCCUGUAUUACACGCAUCACAAACGAUACCCAGAGCGCCGCUUCUACCUAGUUGGCUCUUUGUCAGCUGCAGACCCGUGUUGGUGAACAUAUGUGGCUGCAUUCCAGCCAGGAGUGCAGAACUUUCCACAGGAAAUUUGCUGAAUUUCAACCAUGCCGAUGAAUACCUUGGAAUAAUAAAGCAAUAAGAGAUGCUUGUGAGCUGGGCUUAAGCGAUGCUUACUUACCAUGGCUGAUUAAAGGUUGCUGUUUGAUUAAAAUAAAUAUGUUGCAUUGCAGUAACCCUGACCUGGAUGCCUUAAAGGAGCGUUUUGAAAACAUUUGAAGAGCUGAACACACGAGUUAAAAAGGUUUGGUGGAGUGUGCUCUUUCACAUUUGUGACACUUAAAAAGUUUCUGUUUCUUGCUUUUGUUUAAUACAUAACUUUCCAGCUGAAGCUGAACAAAAAGCUCUCAAAACAACUGGGUGAAAAACAGAGCAAAUCUGACUGAUCAAUAACAUCCCUGUUUUUAUCUACACACAUUAUGUCUCACAUGUAUGUAAUAAAAAAUAACUAUAUGCAUAA